GGGUUUAAUCCAUAGACAUAAGCGCUAUGUUUUAAUACCUGUUUUUUAAGCCAGGCGCUGACGGUGACCUGGAGCCUACGUGCAUCACCUAGACUCCAGGUCACCAAGGUCAGGUGUAAAGACCUAUCCUGUGCAAAUAGUAUCUCUGGCUAAUAAACACUUCUGCUUUCCCCUACAGUGUAAAAGUGCUUUGUAAUAACUUCUAGCUCCAGCAGUCAAACCAGUUUUUCCACUCUGACGUCACCAGGGAUCCUAUUACCGGAAGUCACCUCUCUUGUUGUCACCUGGGCGGACUCCUCAGGAGUAUUUCAGAAGAAGAGAGCGAGCUGCAGCAGAGAUAAGAGACACUAACAGGUCGACAUGGUUGUCAGCAGGCUGGUUUCGGUGGCUUUGUUCCUCCUCGCAGCGACAGGUGUCGGUGGCUUCACAGUCACUUCCAGCAACAAAGAUGUGCAGGUGAAAGAGGGUGAAGGGACCGACCUCAAAUGCGCGUAUUCAGCCGACUUCGGUCCAAACCCCAGAGUCGAGUGGAAAUUUAAGGACGCAAAAGGAUCAUUGGCGUAUGUGUUUUAUGAUGGGAAACUAACAACGCCAUAUGCCAGCAAAGUGACAAAGUACGAUGAUAACCUGAGAUUCGCCAAAGUGACCCGUAAGGAUAAUGGCGUGUAUGACUGCGAGGUGUCUGGCAACAACAAUUUUGGGGAAGUCAGAGUGAAGAUGACUGUUCUGGUGCCUCCAUCUAAGCCCUUAGUUAGGGUCCCCACCUCGGUGACGACGGGCAAGCCGGCCAUGCUGACCUGCCAUGACACCGAAGGCUCACCUCCGUCCAAAUACAAGUGGUACAAAGACAGCACCCUUCUGCCCCCUGAUCCCAGCAAGGUUGCUGCCUUCAAAAAUUUAACCUACACGCUGAACACAGACAAUGGCAACCUGGAGUUUGCCCCUACAAAAAAGAUUGACUCCGGCCAGUACUACUGUGAGGCUUUCAACGGUGCUGGUCCUCCUCAGCGCUCUCAACCCAUGAAUAUGGAAAUCCGUGACCAAAACACCGGAGGAAUUGUUGCUGGCGUAAUAGUGGCUCUGCUGUUAGUGACCUUGCUGGUAUUCGGCAUUUGGUAUGCCAACAAGAAAGGAUACCUGCCCAAGAAGACAGAAAGCAAACCAAAGCCCAGCGUGGUCUACCAGCCCACAUCCUUGUAUGGUGGUGAUGAUGAGGAUGGGGAAUUCAAACAGAAGUCAUCAUUCGUGGUAUAGUCUUCAACAACGACAGGAGAUCACCUUGGUUUUAAGCGUCUCUCGGAAUGUGAUUUUACUAAACUUUUUAGCGACGUCUUUCUUUUUAUUUGCAGUUUUUAUAGACCAGUGUGAUUGUUGACCUGAACUGUCUGCUCUAGUGUCUCGGGUGCUUCAAGGUUAUAGGAUUAAUGUACGACAGACCUCUUUCAUACGUUGAUUGGUUCUUUUAAUAUAACGAGAUGUGGCUACUAGUGACCCCUUUAAGCCUCAGACAUUUUUUCCACUUAUGUAUGUUUGGAGUGUGUGUUUCUGUGUGCUUCUGAUAUUCUGCGCCUCCUAAUAAAACAUAACUGUAUAUAUUUAUUUUUUGUUGAAGUGAUGCAUCUGCAUGUAAACAUAUCCAAUCAAAUGGAGUACAGAUACUCCCAGGGAAAUCCAGGAAUAUAAAUUGAUUUAUUUUCGAAGGAAAAUGGACAAAAAAGCUUGAUAAAAACAUAUUUUUAUUACAUUUACUGACCCAUCACCUUAAUUUCCUCCAGUACACGAUCAGUCUGUGUAUCUAAGCUAAAACACUGAAGGAGCUUGUAGAUCAGAGAUGCAUCAUAGAUUGAGAGAUGUUUUUUCUUUUUUAACAAACCGCAAAACUGUUGUAAUGUACAAUAUUCUUUUUCUAUUAAAAUUUGUUUUUAUUGUAAAUAACAAAACUGUUUUUUAACAUUUGUAAUUGAGAACAAUUUAAAAAUCUGUUAUCUCUCAGCUUCCUGACAUUAACUAGAAACUCUACUAUAGCUUGUAUGAAAUUAAUAUUUUAGGUCCACAUUCUCUUUUAGUUGACUAGUAUUAUAUUUGUCUGGUAGUGUUGUCUGUGAAAUACGUUUGUAAACCUCUGAACUACAUUGGCUAAGUGAAUUGCUGUUUAACAGGGUGUACACUGACAGCUCCGUAAGCUUCUUGUUGAAGCAAACAGAUGUCAGCUAGUACUGCAGAUGCUGCAAGUUUUUAAAUGAUUACCAGCCUGGCAUCAUGAGUAGCCUUAUCAUAAUGAUUAAUUACCCAAAUGAUGGUCCUAAUAGUAGUUCUGUCUACCUCCAGACACUGAAGUGACAUCCACACAUUCUCAGGUCAUGUGUUUAACUGGUUUGAUAAGGUCAGACAUGAGUUUAUAUAAUCUUUCAGGUACACUAUUUACAUCGGGAAACACCACGUUUUUCUACAUCGCUUGACUUUUCCAUUUGAAGAAAAUUUAGAAUCAGCUGAUGAUUGUAACGUUGCCUCGUGUAUUGGUUAAUAAAAUGUUGUUAAAACUGA